AUGGGCGGCAUGGUCGAUUGGGCGGCGCGUCCCACAUAUCCCUUGGAACAGCUCAGACGCUACUUCGACCGGAUCGGGCUCCCCGAAAAUUAUCGAGAAGCUUUGCAGGAUGUAGCGAUCCUCCAUGGCCAGUCUGCAUUAGCUUUGCUGAAGGUGCUGCAACGAUACCAACUAGCAGCUGUCCCUUUCGAAAACCUGAACCUCCACUAUGCUGUUCAUCGGAGUAUUUCCAUUGAUCCUUACAAGGUGUUUGAGAAAAUCGUUGAUUCUAAGUCUCGUCGUGGUGGCUAUUGCAUGGAGAACAGUCUCUUGUUUGGCACCGUCCUACGAAGCCUGGGAUACGAUGUGACCACCGUAGGGGGGCGAGUCAACGAAGCUGCGCAGCCCAUGUCUGCCUCGAAGAAUUGGAGAGGACCCAAGUAUGACGGAUGGAAUCACAUGGUCAACAUCGUAACUAUCGAUGAACAAAAGUACCUUGUAGACGUUGGAUUUGGCUCCAAUGGGCCACACCAGCCCAUCCCACUGGUCCAGGAUUAUGAGUUCCACAACGUUGGUGAACAGUCGGGCCGGCUAGUCAACGGACCUAUCGCUCAACACACUAGCAGGAGCCAAUCUCUGUGGCAGUACGAAUUUCGCAACGGGGACAGUCAUUGGAUUCCGGCUUACUGCUUCACCGAGAUGGAGUUCCUUCCAGAGGACUUCACUAUGAUCAACUACUACAUGAGUACCAGCCGGGAAAGCUGGUUCACUUAUCAUGUUGUCUGCGUGCGGAUGUUACUCAACGAAGAUGGUGACAAGAUUGUGGGCGAUGUGACCCUGUUCAACGACACGCUUAAAGAGCGCCUGGGAGCGACAUCCAAGGAGCUAGAGAAAUUUGCGUCGGAUGAGCAGCGCGUGCUAGCGCUAGAGAGAGUAUUCGAGAUUCAUAUCUCCGAGGCCGAUCGGGAGAGUAUUCGCCAUACAAUAUCGGAAAUCCUCUAG